CUUCGUUUCCGAGCACUUCGUUUCGUUGACUACAAGUGCACACACUUGUUCAUGAUUUAGUUCAUACAGUUGACAAUUUGUAGGUGUGUCCGCGUUGAUGAUACAUCCUAACGACAGGGAAAGGAUUUUUUUUACUGUAAACCUGACAAAUCCGUAAACAAUGAAUUACGGAAAAAAGUCGCCCAGCGUGGGCACUCCGUCCGUAUACUCGCAUGUGACAAACCGAAGCAGUGCAAACUUGAGAUCAUCGAGAUCAACCAAAAGUGUUGUGAUACCAUGGUACCAGAGACCAAUUCUAACAAAAGCCUUUUUUUCCGAUAUACCGAGAAGUGCCAUGGUUACUGCAGCUUUCGGAGUGUUUUUGGCGCUGUUUACGAUUUGCACUGGAGCUUUCGAUAUUUACUGUCUAUCACAGGUAGUACCAGGAUCUGUACAUAACGGAUACUACAUCAUAUCGUACGAGUUCGUUUAUGUAGGUAAUAAACAUGUACGCAAUGCCCUCCUCGUCGCCGCCCUGUUCUCCAUGCUCGGGGCAAUUGCCGUCCUAGUCACUUCGAUAAUCCUGAUAAAUGCCUUGAGAAAGGAAUAUGAAAAGAAAAUAAUCCCAUGGCUGUAUGUUUUUGCUGGAUUUACGAUGUUUAGAUUUCUCGCCUUCUUACUCUUCAGCAUCGUCAACGACAUGAUAUUCUCCUACAACAUAAUGAUGUGCCUUCUCUGGAUUCUGUUCCUGCUCUUCUCUGUGUACGGAUGGUUAAUUGUGUACACAUUGUACUUGGAGCUAUCAGAUCUCAGUCGAUUGGAGGAUUUAGCACAUUUAAGAAUGGGAACGAUGCAGUCAUUGAACGCAUCAACGACCCACUCAAUCGCUGGAUCUCGUCCAACUACACCUCACAGUACCGUCCUAACAAUGCCCAUAUAAUUAAGACUAAGGAUUUUCAUAAAACUACUAAAAAAUAAGGGAAAACAAAAUCUGUGUUCAGAGAAAUUUUAUUGUUCAUGUUUUGAAAAUUUUUUUAACUCGAAACGUUGAUUGACAACUAAGGGCAGAAGAUUUUACGCUAAAGCAAACGAAGUUAUGCUUUUUAGAAAUUAUUUAGAGAUUAAUGCACGAGUAGAUCGCAAAACCGUCCACGUCGAAUUUUUUUUGAGUACCAAAGGAAUUCGACGAUUUAAUUUAAGAAAUAAAAAUUGUACUUCCUGACUAUUUUCCAACUAAUGUUGUAAAUAUCAUGUUCAUAACUUUGAACAAAAACGAGCUCUGAAGAUUUUUAUACAAUUUUUUUUGUAUCCUGAGUGUACAAAUGAGAAGACGAGUUUUGAGGACUUGUGAGGAAUAAUUUCCGUCCAUUUUUGCGAUAAUGUUAAUGAAAGAUAUUUUAUAUUAAAGAAUUAUAAUGAAAUUCAAACAUUUUUUUAAUUAUAAAUAAGGAUAACAGAUAAUUUACAGAUUCUUCGAUUAACGAAUUGACUGCCACGAAUAAAUCUCUUUAUCAUUCAUUAUUUAAUGUCUCAAUACAUUUACAUAAACUUUUAAAACUUCUCUAAGAUAAUAACAUUUGUUCUUUUGAGAAAAAAUCACAUUAGUUUUAUAAAUCAUCACAGUGAGAAUCUAAAAAUUGAUAUUAGUUAGUAAAUGUUGACCAGUACCCAUUAUCAUUGUUUUAAUGUAAUCAGCGUGCACAACUUGACUACUGAUAUCUAUGUAUUGUUGUAACGAAGGAAUACUGCUGUCGUUGGGUAAUACACGCUGUAGACCCCUCAUUGACAUGGUUUGUGCUACAUAAAUCGCUGUAUCUGUAACGAUUCAAUGUCAGCCAAUCAGACACAUUGAAACGUGUCAAUAUUUUUAAUACAAUAAAGGAAAAAAUCAAUCGAAA